AUGGAGAAGACGGAGUUGAUCCAGAAGGCGAAGCUAGCCGAGCAGGCCGAGCGCAUGAAAGCCGUGACGCAGCAGGGGGCAGAGCUGUCCAACGAGGAUCACAACCUGCUCUCGGUGGCCUACAAGAACGUGGUCGGGGACCGCAGGUCGGCCUGGACGGUCAUCUCCAGCAUCGAGCAGAAAACCGACACUUCCGACAAGAAGUUGCAGCUGAUUAAGGACUAUCGGGAGAAAGGAAUUGCAAAUCUUAAUCCCUUUCUGCGCAACUGUGGUCUUCGUAUUUCUUUUAGAGAUAUUCCCCCUCGAAACAACCCAGCCAGAGCUACAGGAGAGCGCUUCAGUCGCGCGGGUCCGUACCUUCGCACAGUUCCUCCAGCGGAUGGAACAUUUAAGCAUUCCGGCUCAGAUCAGAGCUGCUCAGCCCAGCUGAAAACAAGUGACAGAGAACAAUUAGAGAGCGAGCCAGCGAGAGUGUGUGUAUGUGCGCGCGCUCUCGUGCUCCGUCCUAAAAAGUGA